AUGGCACGUUCCGGAACUCGCCAGUGCUUUUUACCCACGCUGCGGGCAACGAUGGCCAAGUCGGGCAGGGAGAAAUACAGGGACAACACAACAGCGGAAGAGCGGAGCACAAAGCUUGAAAGUGGCACUAGUGACUUCACAGCGACUAUGUACGAGCAGCCGACUCCUGGAUCUGAGUCUCCGGUCUGGCCUGGUCUGGCUCGCCGUCGGCUGCAGAAAGCUUCAAGCUUGACGAGCGUCGACCGUCCAACUUGA